CCUCGCCCAGUUCUCAGUUCUUCGCACAGCCGCAACACCCCCUAGCACGUCCUUGGCAAAUCAUCACGACCGCACCCUUGAACCUCAACUCUGGCCUCAAACUUAUCUACCUAGCAGCCCAUCAGCUCCGAGCAAUCCCCGCAGAUACCCCCCACCACGACUAUCCACCGUAUCCAGCUGUUCCACCGCCUUCUCGGAACCCUCGAAGCUCGUUUCCUUAGUCUUGCGGUUUCACAGCCUUAGAAACGAAGCUCUACGACCCCACCAUCCAUCCCACCACCACCAUCACUACCAUCACUACCCCUUAAGCACCCCCGAGUAAACACACCCGGAUUGAGUGCAGGACAAGAUGCGGUUGGACGUCAAGAGACAACUAUUCGCCCGCUCGGACCGAGUCAAGGGAAUUGAUUUCCAUCCUACGGAGCCAUGGGUUCUCACGACCUUAUAUAGCGGUCAUGUCUACAUCUGGUCCUACGAAACCCAGGCAAUCAUCAAGACCUUCGAGGUGACGGAUGUGCCCGUACGCGCCGGUCGCUUCAUCGCACGUAAGAACUGGUUUGUUGUCGGAUCGGACGAUUUCCAUCUGCGGGUAUUCAACUACAACACCUCCGAGAAGAUCACGGCGUUCGAGGCCCACCCGGACUACAUCCGUGCUAUCAUUGUUCACCCGACACAACCGUUCGUGUUGACCGCCAGCGAUGACAUGACAAUCAAGCUGUGGGAUUGGGACAAAGGCUGGAAGUGUGUGCAAACAUUCGAGGGACAUAGCCAUUAUGUGAUGAGCUUGGCGAUAAACCCUAAGGAUACGAACACGUUUGCGUCGGCAUGUCUGGAUCGGACAGUGAAGAUCUGGAGUUUGGGAGGCAGUGGAGCUGCAAACUUCACAUUGGAGGCACACGAGACCAAGGGUGUCAACCAUGUGGACUACUACCCCGCCGCCGACAAACCCUACAUUCUGACCACCUCCGACGAUCGCACCAUCAAGGUGUGGGACUACACAACCAAGUCGCUGAUCGCUACCCUCGAAGGCCAUACAUCAAAUGUCUCGUUCGCAUGCUUUCACCCUGAGCUCCCGGUUAUCAUCUCUGGUUCGGAGGACGGAACGGUCAAGAUAUGGCACGCCAACACUUACAGACUGGAGCAGACUCUGACCUACGGGCUAGAGCGAGCGUGGUGUGUUUCGUACCAACGGGGGAAGAAUGCGCUGGCAAUCGGUUUCGAUGAGGGAUGUGUGGUGGUUAAGAUGGGACGGGAAGAGCCCGCGGUGUCGAUGGAUCCUAGCGGAAAGAUCAUUUGGGCAAGACACAACGAGGUUCUGUCGGCCGCUAUCAAGCCGAGUGACACCGGUAUCAAGGACAACGAGCCGCUAUCCCUCCCGACGAAAGACCUGGGAUCGUGCGAAAUCUAUCCACAGUCUCUCACACAUUCACCAAACGGUCGUUUCGUAUCGGUGUGCGGUGACGGUGAAUACAUCAUCUACACCGCUCUGGCCUGGAGAAACAAGGCAUUCGGAUCAGCACUGGACUUUGUGUGGGCCGGCAAAGAUAACAGCAAUGACUACGCCAUCCGGGAAAGCCCAGCCAGUGUCAGGCUAUUCCGCAAUUUCAAGGAGAAGAGCGGUGGUCUCGAUGUCGGUUUCGCUGCGGAGGGUUUGAUGGGUGGUGUGCUUCUGGGUGUGCGUGGCGCAGGUGGCGUCGGACUUUUCGACUGGGAGACUGGCAGUUUGGUGCGAAGGAUCGAUGUGGUGCCCAACGACAUCUACUGGUCUGAAAGCGGAGAGCUGGUCACUUUGGCUUGCGAUGAUACAUUCUAUGUUCUGCGGUUCUCACGGGAAGCCUACAUCGAAGCCCUCCAGAACGGAACAGUUGAGGAUGACGGCGUGGAGGCAGCGUUCGAGGUUGUCGUCGACAUCAACGAGAGCGUUCGCACCGGAGAAUGGGUCGGCGAUUGCUUCAUUUACACAAACUCCACCAACCGUUUGAACUACCUCGUAGGAGACCAGACCUACACCAUCUCGCACUUCGACUCCCCCAUGUACCUGCUCGGAUACAUCCCGCGAGAUGGCCGCAUCUACCUCGCUGACAAAGAUGUAAACGUGAUUUCCUACGGACUGUCCCUGUCGGUAGUCGAGUACCAAACCGUCGUACUACGUGGGGACAUGGACGCCGCCGCCGAGCUCCUCGAAUCCGUGCCCGAGGACCAGAAGAACAAGAUUGCGCGCUUCCUCGAAGGCCAAGGCUACAAAGAGCUCGCGCUCGAAGUGGCCACGGAUCCGGAGCAUCGCUUCGACCUGGCGCUGGCGCUCGGCAACCUCGAGAUCGCCCUCCAACUCGCGCGCGAAGUCGACGCCGAGCACAAAUGGAAAACCGUCGGCGACGCCGCUCUGACCGCCUGGAACCUGGUGCUGGCUGAGGAAUGCUUCACGAACGCUAAAGACAUCGGCUCGCUACUGCUGCUCCACACCGCCACGGGAAACAGCGCGGGCCUCAAAUCCCUCGCCGCGACGACAGCCCAGUCCGGCGCUCACAACGUCGCCUUCAGCUGUCUCUGGCAGCUCGGCGAUGUCGAUGCCUGCGCCGCGCUGCUCGUCAAGACUAACCGCCACGCUGAGGCCGCGCUGUUCGCGCAGACGUACAAGCCCAGCAUUGCCAGCGGCGUUGCCCGCGAGUGGAAAAAGGCCCUGGUCGCGAAUAAGAAGCCGAAGAUUGCGGAGGCGGUUGCGGUGCCCGAUGAUGAUGCCGAGCUGUUCCCGAACUGGGAGGAGUACCUCAAGAUCGAGAGUCAGGAGGACCUCAUCGAUGUCAAUGACGAUGAGGAUGUGGAGGUGGAGGAGGAUGUGGUGAAGGUCGAGGCUGAGGAGUAGUAUGUAAUGAAAUGGAAUGGGAAACUUACGGGGUUUAAUGUGCUUUUUUUUCUAUAUUUGUUUACGAUGGCUGGCUGGGGGUUGUGGUCUUUUGUGUUGCUGUUGUUGCUGCUGUAGUUGCGUGUGGAUUCAAAAGCGUUUAGAAUUCGAAUUGCGUCUAUCCAAGUAUUCAUCCAUCAUCCAGCCGAAUCUCAAUCUCAAUCUCAAUCUACA